UCUUGCAGGUCGACCACCGAAAAUGCUAUCUUACUCGCCAUUCUCACCCCAGCGCAUUCUCUUCGACGAGGUCGCAUGCCAGGCUACGAUGCAUCCCUUGCCAGUUUCAUGGCGAGACAGAAGCCAUCCGGCGCUCCGGCGAAGAAACAGCCCGUAUAUACUCUAGAUCUGCUUUGCACCGCUUUCACCCUUUUCUCUGUGGCUCAUCGCCUUGCGUCUUCUCCACAGCCCGCACGAAGCGCACUCGAGGCCCGGGCGAUGCUCUCGUCAUGCGUUUUUGCUUCGGCGCGACAAUCUGGAUGAUCUGCUGCGCAACUCUCAAUAGACCGCGCAAAGCCCUUGAUAUUCAGCAGCUCUUCUGUCUACACUCGGCUCGGCAGUAAAGUCUAGCGAGGCCUUGAGCGAUACGCCGUCCAGGAUUAUCGUGUUUCACAUAGAACACGGAAGCGACCACCGCAGCGUCCGGCGUAUCCAGCAUUGUCGAGCGGCUGUCCAAAUCGUUGCCUCCUGAACACAUUCCACAUCUUGUAAGA